UUAAUCUUACUGACGUUUAUAAGAGCACGUUAAGAAAAUUGUUUUUUUCACAUAGCUCGUGUGUGCACAUUUUAACAUCUCAAAAAGAAGCUGCUAAACGUUUCGACAGAGUUAAAGCUUGAGAAAGAUUUGAACUUGCUUUCUGGAAGAUAUUAAUCGUAUAAUAUUUAUUUUAGUUCACGACUCAGGCAGUUAUCAAGUCUUGAAGACGAAGUUGUUAACAAAACGCGCACUUUUUUCUGUUAAUCAAGAUGGUCCAAGCCUGGUUAUUUGAUGAAAAAAUCAAAGAUCAAUGUAAAGAAAUUGACAUCAAAGCACUUAUUAAAUUUGGUGUGUUUUACGAGAAAUUAAACCCGGAUAUGUACGCCAAGGGGGAGAGAUAUUUAGAGGACCCAAAACUCAAAUUUUAUACAACAGAAAGAGAGUAUAACUUUAACGAUGUUGUGAAUUUAUCUGAGAAGGAGACCAAGAAAGACAAGUGUUUUUCAAUAGAGCAUUUUCAUGUUGGUGAUGAAAUUUGUUAUGUCGUCGAAGGUGGUGGUUAUUUUGAUUUUCGAAACCACAAAGACGAGUGGAUACGCGUUUUAAUCGAGAAAGGCGAUCUGAUCGGUAUUCCUGGAGGUAUCUAUCACAGGUUCAAUCUAGAUGAGACAAACCACAUCAAGUACAUGAGAUUAUGUGUUGGAGAUAAUUUUUUUUUGGCUAUAAACCGACCGGCUGACGAUCAUUUCACAAGAAAGAAAUACAUAAAGGAGUAUUUGUUCUAACUUGUGGCAUAACUUAAACUUAGGUUUUGGUAACUUUUUGUGAGCUAUAAAGAGAUACUAUAUGGAUAAAGUUUAAAGUUAUGCGUUUGUCAAAAACAUAAGACAAUGUGUGUAUAAACUAUUCAUAUAUAUAAAAAUAUAGGAAAAGGAAUUGUGUUUUAUAAGAAUAAACUUUAAUCCAAUGGCUCA